AUGGCGCCCAAUUCCAAGCUCAAUGCAAAGCGCAAGGCGCAAAGAGAAGGAGGGAAACCUGUGAAACCAAAGAGCGAAAAACGUUCGACCAUCGCCGAAGCAAAAGGGCCUGGGAUAUCGUACAUACCCAUCGAACUUCAACAACUCUUAUUGAACAUCUUCCGGAACUCUUUCGCGGAGAGGUUGAGUUCGGACUUCGGUCCGCUGUUACAGGAAGUCAAGGGUCAUCUUUACAAUCGCGAUUUCACGACUGCUUUUGGAAAGAAUGAGUAUCUAGAGGCGUAUGCGGCUAGAUGGAGUCCUAGUCGCGCGUUGGGGUAUCUGGAUUUGAUAUGGGAGUGGAGGGACGAGCUAUGGUCGGAUGAGGAGGAGGAAGUAGAAGAGAAUCAAGAAGUCAGCAAAGAGGGUGUCAAGUCAAAGAGCCGGAAGGUCGUAUGUCUUGGUGGUGGAGCAGGCGCGGAGAUUGUGGCUCUGGGCAGCAUGCAGAAGUUGAUGUCUAGCAUGAGCUCAGAAGAAGAAGGGAGCGAAGUUGCGGGAAAACAUAUCGAAGUCGCCGCGAUAGACGUCGCUGACUGGAGCGUGGUUGUGGAAAACCUAGCGAAACAACUUACUACCGCGCCGACGCUGAACAAGUACGCAUCGGCUGCUGCAAAAGCCGCAAACGUCCCGUUGCUCAACCCGGAAGACAUCUCAAUACAAUUCAAACAGCAAGAUGUGCUUCAAGCUUCUGUCGAAGAGUUAUCCGCUCAGCUCGCAGAUGCAAAUCUCGUAACGCUACUCUUUACGCUGAACGAACUAUAUUCAACAUCAAUGCCUCUGACCCAGAAAUUCCUUCUCCUUCUGACGUCGAUCCUCCAACCCGGCGCGCUUCUCCUCGUAGUCGACAGCCCCGGAAGCUACUCUUCGGUCACUUUGAACGGCGCUGAGAAGAAGUACCCGAUGCAGUGGCUAUUAGACCAUACAUUGCUGAAGCAAGCCAACGGCAAUCUGAACGAGCGAGGCAAGGAAGAGAUAGUCCGCUGGGAGAAGACCAAAGAAGAUGAUAGUAGGUGGUAUAGGCUGGACGAGAGACUGCGCUAUCCGAUUGAAUUGGAGAAUAUGCGGAUGCAAGUACAUCUUUAUCGGAAGCUGUAG